GUGAAUGCGUCUCCAAUUGCAUAGAUACAUAAUUCAAUAAAAUCCAAAACCUUUCCCAAAGCGCACCAAUUACUUCAGAUUCUCCUUCUCAUUGCCUUACAACUUACAACCACCGCGGGUUUUCCAAUGGCGGUAGCCUCCGCCGCCGCCUCCGCCGCGCCCCUUCUUCACUACCCACUCGCAGCCUCCUCCUCCAACCAACCCCACCGUCGCCAUCGCCGCCCGGAUGCUAUUAGCCUCCGCCACUCUUCAAUUUCGAUCCCCAAUUUCCCUCCGUAUCCCCUCAACUGCUCGCCGAUUUCCGGACCCCGUCGGCUUGCUACCCGUUUGGGGGAUUUUUCUGCCGGCGCUUCCAUCGGAGACAGCGAUACUGGUGGUUCGACCUCUGUCUCGGACGACGACGGCCUCGUCGGCGAGGACGCUGCGGUUUUUGAUCUUUCCAAGCAGAAAUUGACGUCGUGGGCUUAUUUCACUGUGAUUUUGGGGGUUGUUUUGUUCGUGCUCAAUGUUGUUUGGAUUGAUAACUCCGGUGUGGGAUUUGGCAAGGCCUUUGUGGACGCUGUUUCUGAACUCUCGGAUAGUCAUGAGGUUGUGAUGUUGAUGCUCAUUUCCAUUUUUGCCAUUGCCCACAGUGGUUUGGCCACUCUUAGAGACCAAGGCGAGAAGCUUGUCGGUGAACGAGCUUUUCGGGUUCUGUUUGCAGGAAUUUCUCUACCUUUGGCUGUCAGCACUGUGGUGUAUUUCAUUAACCAUCGAUACGACGGAGUACAAUUAUGGCAGCUCCAAAGUGUUCCCGGAGUGCAUCAGCUCGUGUGGUUCAGUUCAUUUAUCUCCUUCUUCUUCCUCUAUCCUUCAACUUUUAAUUUGCUAGAGGUUGCAGCUGUUGAUAAACCGAAAAUGCACCUUUGGGAAACCGGCAUCAUUAGAAUAACUAGGCAUCCACAGAUGGUUGGGCAGGUGAUGUGGUGCUUGGCUCAUACCAUCUGGAUAGGGAACUCUGUUGCAGUGGCAGCUUCCAUUGGCUUGAUAGGACAUCAUCUGUUCGGGGUAUGGAACGGAGACAGGAGGCUAGCAAAGCGAUACGGGGCAGAUUUUGAAGCCGUGAAAAGGCGAACGAGCGUCAUCCCGUUCGCUGCCAUUGUGGACGGGCGUCAAAAGUUGCCCGACGAUUAUUACAAGGAGUUCAUUCGGUUGCCAUAUUUGUCAAUAACUGCACUGACAAUGGGUGCGUACCUUGCUCACCCCCUUAUGCAAGCUGCAAGUUUCAGGCUUCAUUGGUAAGUAUAUGCAGCUAACUCUUUUGUAUCAGAUGUAUAAUUAUUGUAUAAGCCAAAGCAUAGAGUGACACUGGAUAGAGAAAUUUGAGCUCAUGGACUUAUUAAUUAAAUAUUUACAAAUAUAGGAGCUAUUUAUAUAUAUAUAUAGCUCAAAGUGGGACUUUUGUAAUUUUAUAUUAAUCGAAUAAACG